CUCCAUAGCUUUUCCCUCGCUACCAUCAAUCAACACAUUCACUCACCCAUGGUCAUGGCUCUUAAGCUCUUCUCUUUCCUUUUGCUCUUAACACUCUCCAUCUCUCUGCAGAUUCAUGCCAGAGAAAGCCAGUUCUUUAGCAAAGUCCCCAGCACUUCCAACAACAACAACAACAAUGUUCAGGAGACCACACUCCCCAACACACAAGAACAGAACCUGAACAAACAGCAACAAGAGCCCAACUUUGUCCCGGAGACUAAUCAAAAGACAACGCUCAACUAUCAGGAACAACAACAGCACACUCUCGGUAAACAACAGCAAGAACCAACUUUUAUCCCGGAGACUGAAAACGGCUACGGAUUAUACGGCCACGAAACCGGUCAGUUCCCUCCCACCACCUCCGCUUCACAAAAAUAUGAACCCUACAACACCCCCACCACCUCCGCUUCACAAAAAUAUGAACCCUACACCACCCCCACCACCUCCGCUUCACAAAAAUAUGAACCCUACACCACCCCCACCACCCACAGCGGCGGUACCUAUGAGCCCUACACUACGCCCACUACCACCAGACCAAAUAAUGAACCCUACACCAGCUCAUUUAUACUUGGGAUGUGGACUGGGAGUUAUGAACCCUACACCACCCCCAUCACCUCCGCCGCGGAAAAUUAUGUACCGUACACUACCCAAUCUCAAACCCAAGGAAGCUACAACAACAACAACAACAACUACCGUGGACACAAUAACGACAACAAUUAUUACUACAACAAGAAUGCUUUUUGGACGAAGCCCGACAACAUGGGCGGCUCGAAGUACCAGGAGAAUGGCUACACCAGCUUGGCUAACCAGAACAAGAACAGCAAUAACUACUACAAUAAUGGCGGCAACAAUGGUGAGAAGCUAGGCAUGAGUGACACGAGGUUUUUGGAGAAUGGGAAGUAUUAUUACGACGUUCAGAAUGAGAAGAAUAAUUAUUAUCCGAAUCAGUAUCAGAAUUCAGGGAAUCAGUACAACAGUCGGAGUUACAAUAGCAACAACAAUGAGAAGACUUACGAGUACAAUAACUCCAUGGAAAACAACCAGAACCAGUAUGAGUUUGAUGAGCUCCAAGAUUGAUCGGUCGAUCGAUGUUCGUGUAGUCUACACAUAAAGUAUCGCGCGUCAAUUCCAGCAAUGGUGUUUGAUUAGCUUCUAAGUUAAGUUGUUUAUCAGGAUAAUUAAAAGAGUUUAAAGAAUUAAAGAAUGAUUUAAUUAUUGGGGUCUUGUGAUCUUGUUUUCGGUUUUGCAUAGUAGUUGUCAUCAUCAUCAUCAUCAUCAUCGUCUUAAAAGCUAAGGUAUGAGAACAUGUAUGUUUUGUUUGAUUUCGUUCAUGAAUUUAAUAAUAUGUAUAUUGUAUACAAAGCUUUCACGUUCCUGCA